AUGUACCAGCGCGGUCAUGCCCAUAGUCCGAAGAUAGCCGUUGUUACUUCGGGUGCCUUUGCAUACCUCGCUUGGUGUACCAACAGAACCAACGUCACUCGAGCUCCGAUGUUACUCUUUGGCACAGCAGCGUCGUUGGUCACCGGUGUCGUUCCUUUUACACUUCUAUUCAUGCGCCAAACCAACAAUGCUCUUAUGGAAAGGGCCGCCGACGAGGAAAUUUCACCUGAUGCCCCCGUGCCGAGGCCGGACCAGAAGACCUCCGAGCAACUUUUGGCUCAAUGGGCGACUUUGACUGGUAUAAGAGGCUUACUGCCUCUUGCUGGUGGUAUUUUGGGUCUAGUCGCUGUUAUAAACCAUUAG